GCAGCAGCGGGAGAGGCAGCGGGACCCCAGCGCGGGAGGCGGCCACCAGGCGGGAGCCCCUGAGGGCAGGAGCUGGCCUGCCACUCGGGCACCGACCACCUGUGCCCGCCAAUGCGACCCGGCCCCCGGCGAGCCAGGCCCACGGCACGCCCAUGUGGGCUGGCGGUGUGGGGAGCCCGCGGCGGGGCGCCGCCCCUGCGCCCACUGAUGACCUCUUCGCCCGCAAGCUACGCCAGCCGGCCCGGCCCCCGCUGACCCCGCACACCUUUGAGCCACGGCCAGCCCGGGGCCCGCUCCUCCGCAGUGGCAGCGAUGCUGGCGAGGCCCGGCCCCCCACGCCGGCCAGCCCCCGCGCCCGUGCCCACAGCCACGAGGAGGCCGGCCGCCCAGCCGCUGGCCCUACCCGGCUCUUCACUGACCCGCUGGCCCUGCUGGGGCUGCCAGCCGAGGAGCCAGAGCCCGCCUUCCCGCCAGUGCCUGAGCCCCACUGGUUUGCCCACUAUGAUGUGCAGAGUCUGCUCUUUGACUGGGCUCCGAGGCCGCGGGGGACGGGGGGCCACGCAGAGUCCGCCUCUGGGACUCUGGCCUCUGCCGAGGACCCAUCAGCCAGCUCGGACCUACUGCUUGAAGCACCCGGCUUUGUGAGUGAGCUUGGGGGUGAGGGCGAGCUGGGCCUGGGUGGAGCCAUGGCCCCACCUGUGCCGCCUGCGCUGCCCAAUGCGGCCGUGUCCGUUCUGGAGGAGCCGCAGAACCGAACUUCAGCCUACAGCCUGGAGCAUGCAGACCUGGGUGCUGGCUACUACCGCAAGUACUUCUAUGGCAAAGAACACCAGAACUUCUUCGGACUGGAUGAGGCCCUGGGUCCGGUGGCAGUGAGCCUGCGGCGGGAGGAGAAGGAAGGCAGCGGAGGGGGCACUCUUCACAGCUAUCGAAUCAUUGUGCGGACCACACAGCUCCGGACCCUCCGCGGCACCAUCUCUGAGGAUGUGCUGCCGCCGGGGCCCCCAAGGGGCCUGUCCCCUAGAAAGCUUCUGGAGCACGUGGCUCCGCGGUUGAGCCCGACCUGCCUGCGCCUGGGCUCAGCUUCUCCGAAGGUGCCACGCACGCUACUCACUCUGGAUGAGCAAGUACUAAGCUUCCAGCGCAAGGUGGGCAUCUUGUACUGCCGCGCGGGCCAGGGCUCGGAGGAGGAGAUGUACAACAACCAGGAGGCGGGACCGGCCUUCAUGCAGUUUCUCACCCUGCUGGGCGACGUGGUGCGGCUCAAAGGCUUUGAGAGCUACAGGGCCCAGCUGGACACCAAAACGGAUUCCACAGGCACGCACUCCCUCUAUACCACAUACCAGGACCACGAGAUCAUGUUCCACGUGUCCACGAUGCUGCCUUACACCCCCAAUAACCAGCAGCAGCUCCUGCGCAAACGCCACAUUGGGAAUGACAUCGUGACGAUCGUGUUCCAGGAGCCUGACAGCAAGCCCUUCUGCCCUACCACCAUCCGCUCGCACUUCCAGCACGUGUUCCUAGUGGUGCGGGCUCACGCACCCUGCACUCCGCACACCUCCUACAGGGUGGCCGUGAGCCGCACCCAGGACACCCCGGCCUUUGGGCCAGCUCUGCCCCAGGGCGGAGGCCCCUUUGCCGCCAAUGCCGACUUCCGUGCCUUCCUGCUGGCCAAGGCGCUCAACGGCGAGCAGGCAGCAGGCCACGCACGCCAGUUCCACGCCAUGGCCACGCGCACGCGUCAGCAGUACCUGCAGGACCUGGCCACCAACGAAGUGACCACGACGUCCCUGGACUCGGCUUCGCGCUUUGGCCUGCCCUCCCUAGGCGGGAGGCGGCGGGCACCCCCUCGGGGCCUGGGGACCGAGCUGCAGGCGGCGGGGGCUCUGGUGUGGGGCGUGCGAGCUGCGCCUGGGGCGCGGGGCGCGGCCGGGGCCGGGGCCGGGGCUGAGGCCGGCGGUCUGGACGACGCCGAGGUGCCCUGCCUGCUGGGCAUCUCGGCUGAGGCGCUGGUGCUGGUGGCGCCGCGCGACGGCCGCGUCGUCUUCAACUGCGCCUGUCGCGAUGUGCUGGCCUGGACCUUCUCCGAGCAGCGGCUCGACCUGUACCACGGCCGCGGGGAGGCGAUCACCCUGCGGUUCGACGGGGCCCCCGGCCAAGCCGUAGGCGAGGUGGUCACGCGCCUGCAGGUGGUGAGCCGUGGCUGCGAGACCCGCGAGCUGGCGCUGCCCCGCGACGGCCAAGGCCGCCUGGGCUUCGAGGUGGACGCCGAGGGCUUUGUCACACACGUGGAGCGCUUCACGUUCGCAGAGACCGCGGGGCUGCGGCCCGGGGCGCGCCUGCUGCGCGUGUGCGGCCAGACGCUGCCCACGCUGGGCCCGGAGGGGGCUACGCGGCUGCUGCGCUCGGCGCCCAAGGUCUGCGUCACCGUCCUGCCCCCCGACGAGAGCGGCCGGCCCCGCAGGAGCUUUUCGGAGCUGUACACACUAUCUCUGCAGGAGCCCAGCCGGCGGGGGGCCCCAGAGCCGGUGCAGGAUGAGGCCCUGGGGGUGGUGACCCUGCUGCCCAACACAAAGCAGCUGCUGGAAGUGUGCCUGCAUGAUGGUGGCAUUCCCACAGGGCCUGGGGAUCUGGCUGAAGAGAGGACUGAGUUCCUGCACAGCCAGAACUCACCAUCACCCCACAGCUCCCUGUCAGACGAGGCCCCAGUCCUGCCAAACACCACCCCAGACCUCCUCCUGGCCGCCACAGCCAAGCCGGCAGUACCCAGUAUUGGCAGAGAGACAUCCCCCACCCAGGAUGGGCCAGACAGCUCCAGUGGUUGUGAGGAGAGUGGACACCCGGCCCCCGAGCUGAGGGCCUCCUUCCUUCCACGAACCUUGUCUCUGCAGAACUCUAUCAGCAAAAUCAUGUCCGAGGCAGGCAGUGAGACCCUGGAAGACGAGUGGCAGUCCAUCUCGGAGAUCGCCUCCUCUUGCAACACCAUCCUGGAGUCACUGUCUCGGGAUGGACAGCCCAUCCCAGAGAGUGGAGAUGUGAAGGAAACUCCGAAGUCUGAUGCUGAGCCAGAAUCUGGGAGCCUGUCCGAGAAGGUCUCUCACCUGGAGUCCAUGCUCUGGAAGCUGCAGGAAGACCUGGAGAAGGAGAAGGCAGACAGGGCAGCCCUGGAGGAGGAAGUGCGGAGCCUGCGGCACAACAACCAGAGACUGCAGGCUGAGUCGGAGAGCGCAGCCACCCGCUUGCUCCUGGCCUCCAAGCAGCUGGGCUCACCCACCACCAACCCGGUCUGAGCUGUCUGGUCCAGCUGCAGCCUGGCCACGGACCUGCUUGAAACUGCUCAGGUCAUCAGGAUACCUGGGCCCCCUGGGGCCCUGGGCCCUCCUCAGGAACUCUCUCUUAGCACUGCCCCCCAACUCCCCCGCUGGAUACUUGGUGGUGAAGUUGCCCUUUCCCCAUCCUUUGUGUGUAAAUAUUCUGUGGAGAAAAGGGGACUUCAGGGAGUAAAGAAGCCACUACUCUGUG